ACAGUUGUGUAGGAAAGAACAUUUCACGGUGGAGGUUGAAGCGAAAGAUUGAAGGAAAAGAUUAGCUGCUGCUAUUGCACCCUCUUUACGUUCUACAGUACGCUCUAUGUUCAACUAAUUGGUCGGCGUUCGACGAGGAUACCCGACGAUGGAGGUAUUGAUGCACGAAGCGAGCAGCGGCCAAGAGACGAAUACGACCGGCGAAAAGAUUUAUAGCACCGUUAAAGAACCGGUGAAAGAGAAGCAAGACAAUGGACAAAAGAACAGUACCACCCGUUUCAUGGAAACCAAUCCUGCGGACACGGUUGAUAUUAUGUUCGAGAACAUAAGUUACAAGGUGUCUUUGGGUUGUAGGAAAGGUCAGAAGGAAAUAUUGCACGGGAUCAAUGGAAGACUUCCAUCGAAACGCUUAAUCGCCUUAAUGGGCCCAUCCGGAGCAGGGAAAUCAACUUUGCUGGAUGUCCUGUCGGGAUACAGGAUAACCGGGGUCACUGGCAACGUGCACAUUAACGGACGCGUCCGACAGAUGAAUUCUUUUAGAAAGUGUAGCGCGUACAUCACGCAAGAUGAUCGUUUGGAACCUCUGUUGACGACCGUUGAGAACAUGAGAGUCGCAGCUGACCUCAAGCUACCCACAAGUAUUCCUAGAUACGAAAAGGAAACGAUAAUUGAAGAGAUACUGGUAACGCUAGGCCUCUAUGAGCAUAUGAACACGCGAGCGGAGAGAUUAAGCGGCGGUCAAAGAAAGAGGCUGUCUAUCGCUCUGGAGUUGGUUAAUAAUCCAACCGUUAUGUUCCUCGACGAACCAACUACGGGUUUGGACAGUUCAUCUUGCAUGCAAGUAGUGAAUCUGCUGAAGCUGCUCGCGCGACAAGGAAGGACAAUCAUUUGCACGAUUCAUCAGCCUAGCGCGUCUAUCUUCCAGCUUUUUGAUUUGGUGUACGUAAUAGCGAAAGGAGAAUGCUUGUACCACGGUGCAACCAGCCAAUUGCUUCCUUACUUGGAGAGUAUCAAAGUGCCCUGUCCAAUGUAUCACAAUCCAGCCGAUUACGUAAUCGAAUUAUCCUGCGGUGAAUACGGAGAAGAUAAAAUACCGUUGUUAUUAUCAGGAUCAGAAAAUGGCAAGAAUUUACGGUGGUUUGAAAAUCCUAGUACUCUUAUAGAUGCAACUGGUUUAAGAGCAUUGCAUCCUCUCAAGAAGAAUGGAGGUGACAACAGUCUGCAGGCGACCUCCUUAACGCAUCAAAUUAAAAUCUUGUUGGGAAGGGGUUUUCUGAUGAGCAAAAGAGACACGACUUUAACACACUUACGAAUACUAGUCAACAUAUUCGUCGGCCUUAUCCUCAGUUCGGUGUUCGUCGAAACCGGAAUAGACGGUUCUAGAGUUUUAGAUAAUUAUAAUCUUCUGUUUUCUAUUCUUAUACACCAAUUGAUGACUACAAUGAUGCUCACCGUGGUUACUUUUCCUAUGCAGAUGAGUAUCCUGUUGAAAGAACACUUUAACAGAUGGUAUAGCUUGAAGGCAUUCUACACGGCCACGACGUUAAUUGACAUACCAAUUUCAAUAUUCUGUUGUUUAAUUUUCACUUUAAUUGUAUAUUUCAUCACCUCUCAGCCAUUAGAAACCACGAGAUUCUCAAUGUUCUUUGCAAUCAAUUUAUUAGUAGUUUUUAUUGGUCAAGGAAUUGGUCUUAUGAUUGGAGCAGUAUGUAACGUAGUUAAUGGAACUUUCAUAGGGCCUACUUUGUCCGUGCCAUUGAUGAUGUUCUCAGGAUUCGGGGUUUCAUUAAGGGAUAUACCUGGUUAUCUGAAAUGGGGAACAUACAUCAGUUGCUUAAGAUACGGUUUGGAAGGAUUCAUCAGUGCCAUAUACGGGUACGACAGACCCGUGUUAGCUUGCAAAGAGAAGACAGUCGGCUAUUGCCAUUACAAGUAUCCAUCGAAAUUCCUCUCCGACAUUGCCAUGGAAGGUGAUCAAUUCUGGAACGACAUCAUGGCACUAAUCACGAUACUUAUCAUAACGCGGAGCACAGCUUAUUUCCUCCUUAAAUGGAAGAUUAUAUCUGUACGAUAAGCCAAAUAAUCCGCUGAUUAGAUUUAGAAUAUUUUUCAUUCCUCGCCAACAAACAAUUUUUCACGUGAUUGAUAAACAGUAUAUAAUCUAUGUCUGGUAUUGAUUAAAAAAAGAAUAAGAAAAUUAAUAAUUUCUUGAAUAUUAAUAUGCUAAAGAAUCUUGGAUGUUGGUAUUAAUCUUUCACGGUUGAAGAUCUUUUUUUUUUCAAUAGUUCUACCGUAAAAGGUUAAUAAAUGCAAGGUAAUGAUAUUCUUAAACGAUAUCCUUCAAAGUGAUAUUUAUAAAUUGCUCAAGAAAAAUCAAUGAUCAAUGCACGCGUUUACAAGCAAAGAUUCUACUACUCAUAGUUAUGUAAGGAAUUUUUGUUAAUUUCCAAUUACGUUAUUAGUGUAUUUAUAUUGAUGGGACCAAGAAUGCUGUUAAUUAGCUUCGAUACUAUUUCCAUGUGACUAUGAGGAACCACUAACAGUUUGUUAGAAUUAUAAACGAAAAUCUGAAGAAUAGAAAUAUUAUCUUCAAAGUUUAUCAAAUAAGCAAUUAUAAUUUUAACGAAUGAUUAAUAACAAACUGCUGUGUUUUCUCAAUUCUUGGUAUUAAGUCACUCGAGGAUUUAGUAUUUGCAUAAACUUGCAUUCAUUUCCAAAAACGUACGUUUAUAACUCUUGAUUUGUAACUGCAAACUAGGCGUGAUUUUUAAUAACUAGUAUUCCAUUAAUUUUUCCAGAAACAUAUAGUACGUUAACAAAUUAAUUUAACCAUGUACAUGUGUUCAAUUUGAUAAAACAUAUUGAAAUAUGUUCCUUUCCUUAUCAAAUUAUAUAAGAACGGAUAAUGUUUAUCGCAACACGCGUGCCUAUGCGGAAUGCGGAAUAGAUUGCUCAGUUUAGCGUGAAAAUAUUUUUUACAUAUAAACAAGCGUUAUAUAAUAAUUAAAGCUCGAACUGUAAUUUCAAGUUCCCAAUUCAAAGAGUUUCCUAAUUUACGAAAAUGAGAACUUAAAUUUACUUGUAAGACUCAAAACGUAGGGUAGUGUUUAUUGAUAUAUUUUUGUAAUAUUGUAUAUGCUCGUAUAUAAAAGAAGAUUUAAAAAAAUUAUUUAUAACUCUUAGUCGAAUAACUUAUAUAACGAAGAAAUGUGUGUAAAUAUUUUUCUAUCGAUUCUCAAUGAUUAUAUACAAUUCAUGUGUAUUUUUUAAAAUAAAAAAUGAAAUUUUUACAUUUA